AUCUCCCAGUGGCAGGCCCUUCGAUAAAAUCAGGAACUUGCGCUGGCCCUGCAAUGUCAAGGGAGGGGGCUCACCCAGGGCUCCUGUAGCUCAUGGGGCAGGCCUGAGCCCUGCGCCCGCCCUGAGUUCGUCCCAGCCCCUGACGGGGCGCCCCAUCCUGAGGGGCUCCGCACUGGCCCCCACCGAAGCAGGGGACCUGACCGGCUAGGAGAUCGGCUGGAUGUUACAGGCGUGCAAAAUGGAAGGGUUUCCCCUCGUCCCCCCUCAGCCAUCGGAAGACCUGGUUCCCUAUGACACGGACCUGUACCAACGCCAGACGCACGAAUACUACCCCUAUCUCAGCAGUGAUGGAGAAAGCCACAGCGACCAUUACUGGGACUUUCACCCGCACCACGUGCACAGCGAGUUCGAGAGCUUCACCGAGAACCACUUCACGGAGCUGCAGAGCGUGCAGCCCCCCCAGCUGCAGCAGCUCUACCGCCACAUGGAGCUGGAGCAGAUGCACGUGCUCGACACCCCCAUGGCGCCGACCCACGCGGGCAUCGGCCACCAGGUCUCCUACCUACCCCGGAUGUGCCUCCCAUACCCCUCCUUGUCCCCGGCACAGCCUAGCUCGGAUGAGGAGGAGGGCGAGAGGCAGAGCCCCCCGCUGGAGGUGUCUGACGGGGAGGCUGAUGGCCUGGAGCCAGGGCCUGGCCUCCUGCAUGGGGAAACAGGCAGCAAAAAGAAGAUCCGCCUGUACCAGUUCCUGCUCGACCUGCUCCGCAGCGGGGACAUGAAGGACAGCAUCUGGUGGGUGGACAAGGACAAGGGCACCUUCCAGUUCUCGUCCAAGCACAAGGAGGCGCUGGCACACCGCUGGGGCAUCCAGAAGGGAAACCGCAAGAAAAUGACCUACCAGAAGAUGGCCCGCGCCCUGCGCAACUAUGGCAAGACGGGUGAGGUCAAGAAGGUCAAGAAAAAGCUCACCUACCAGUUCAGCGGGGAGGUGCUGGGCCGCGGGAGCCUGGCCGAGCGGCGCCACCCGCCCCACUGAGCCCAGGCCCACAGAACCCGCUGGGCCCGCCAGGCCUCCCCGCUGGCCAUAGCAUUAACCCCUCGCCCGGCCCGGACACAGGGAGGCAAGCUCCCAGGGGCCAGGGGCAGGACUGUGGCGGGCCGGGCCUUGACUCACCCGUCCACUCCCUCCUCCAAGCCCGCUACCCACGGCCUCUCCUCACCUCCCACCAGGACUCCAGCCCCAGCUCCAGGGGGCCACCUGGGCGUCUGACCGCAGCCAAGGGUCAGCCUUGCUUAGUACAACCUGGGGUGCUUCCUUGGGAGUUCAAAGUCAUCAGAUUUGUAUAAAUUGAACCCUCCUUCUUAAGCGUCUCUCCCUUCCCACACCUCUCCCUCGUUAGCUUCCUCAAGGAACAGUUAUUAAAGUUAUUCUCAGUGA